AUGGCUGCACCCAAGGAUCCAGAGCAGCUCCAGGACAAAUCCAAUGAGAUCCUGACUGCCAUAAUCCAGGGAAUGAGAAAGGAGGAGCCCAGCAACAAUGUGAAGCUUGCAGCUACCAACGCACUCCUGAACUCUUUGGAAUUCACCAAAGCAAACUUUGACAAAGAGUCUGAAAGGCACUUUAUUAUGCAAGUAGUCUGUGAAGCCACACAGUGUCCAGACACAAGGGUACGAGUGGCUGCCUUACAGAACCUGGUCAAGAUAAUGUCCCUUUAUUAUCAAUAUAUGGAGACCUACAUGGGGCCUGCCCUCUUUGCUAUCACGAUUGAGGCGAUGAAAAGCGACAUAGACGAGGUGGCUCUGCAGGGCAUCGAGUUCUGGUCCAACGUGUGCGACGAGGAGAUGGACCUGGCCAUCGAGGCCUCCGAGGCAGCAGAACAAGGACGGCCCCCAGAGCACACCAGCAAGUUCUAUGCCAAGGGGGCACUGCAAUAUUUGGUCCCUAUUCUAACCCAGACCUUAACAAAACAGGACGAGAACGACGACGACGACGACUGGAACCCCUGCAAGGCGGCAGGGGUGUGCCUGAUGCUGCUGGCCACGUGCUGCGAGGACGACAUCGUCCCCCACGUGCUGCCCUUCAUCAAGGAGCACAUCAAGAACCCCGACUGGCGGUACCGCGACGCCGCCGUCAUGGCCUUCGGCUGCAUCCUGGAGGGGCCCGAGCCCAACCAGCUCAAACCCUUAGUCAUACAG